AUCCAUCACAAAAGCACAACUUCAAACAACGAUGAGCACCGUGGAUCGCGCGGCCAAGAAGCAAAAGGUGGAGGCGGAGAAUGCUGGCUCCGACAGCGAGAACGAAGACCAUGACGACGUGCAAGUGGCGUCCGUGAUCGCUCAGUUCAAGAACGAACAGGGGGAGAGCGUCGGACCGCAGCUCGACAUCCCCGUCGCGUCCACAGUCCUGCAAAUGGAGGAGCUUGUGAACCAGUUGUUGGACAACGGCAAGCAAAAGGUGCCGUAUUCGUUCUACCUGAACGACACGGAGAUCACAGACACGUUGGCCACCAGUGUUCGGGACCAGAACGCGUCGACGGAAGCGGCGCUGACAAUCACGUUCCAACCACUGGCCGUGUUCCGUGUCCGUCCCGUAACGCGGUGCACAGACACGCUCCAAGGCCAUUCCGAAGCGAUCUUGCAUGUUCGCUUCAGCCCGGACGGCAAAAAGCUCGCGAGUGGCGGCGGCGACGCCACCGUCCGCUUCUGGGACACCAACACUUGCAUGCCUCAGUUCACAGGUCGUGGACACAAGCAUCAUGUGCUGUGCACAGCAUGGAGUCCCGACGGCAGUCGAUUUGCAUCGGCCGACAAGACCGGCGAAAUUCGAUUGUGGGAUCCUUCCACGGGUAAACAAGUCGGCGAACCCAUGAAAGGCCACCGCCAAUGGGUCACAUCCUUGACCUGGGAACCUUUCCAUCGCAACUCGGCAUGCGAACGAUUUGCCAGUUCGUCCAAGGAUGGAUCGAUCAAGAUCUGGAACGCGCGCACGGGGCGCCAGGUCGCGUCGUUGUCGAGCCACACAGACUCGGUCGAGUGCCUCAAGUGGGGCGGCGAAGGCUUGCUGUACAGCGCAUCUCGCGACCGCACGAUCAAAGUAUGGGCCGUGGAAGGCGACCAAGUGGGCAAACUGGUGCGGACGCUGGUUGGCCAUGCCCAUCGCAUCAACACGCUGGCGUUGAACGUCGACUAUGUGUGUCGCACGGGCCCUUAUGACCACACGUUUAAGACAUUUGAAACGCGUGAAGAAAUGCAGCAAGCUGCGCAAGCCCGGUACGACGCCAUUCGUCGCGGCCAGCCAGAACGGCUCGUGUCUGGCUCGGACGACUUUACCUUGUUCUUGUGGGAACCUGCGGAAAGCAAGAAACCAAUUGAACGGCUGACGGGGCACCAGCAGCCCGUGAACGACCUGAGCUUUUCACCCGACGGGCGGUACUUUGCCAGCGCAUCGUUCGACAAGAAGGUCAAGAUCUGGAACGGCAAGGAUGGCAAGUUCGUUGCGACGCUCAACGGGCACGUGGGCGCCGUGUACCAGGUGUGCUGGUCCAGCGAUAGCCGCAUGAUUGUGUCGGCGAGCAAAGAUUCGACCAUCAAAGUGUGGGAACUCGCCAACUUGAAAAAUGCCAAGGAAACCCUCUCGGGGCAUGCCGACGAAGUGUACGCGCUGGACUGGAGCCCCAACGGCCAAAAGGUCGCGUCUGGCAGCAAAGAUCGAACGAUCAAAAUCUGGCGCCAUUAAGAGACGCCAUAUAUAAUAUAGUGUGUGGAUUCAAGGGUACAAGGUUGUUUUCUGUAUCA